AGCCUAGUUUUGAUCUGUGAAGUUACAUCUUUUUGGUUGAGCUUGCCCAAAGAAUAGUGAUCUAAUUAUGGCAGCUUCUUCUUCUUCAUCUUCUUCCCAAGGGAAGUACGAUGUUUUCAUUAGUUUCAGAGGGACGGACACUCGUGACAACAUUACCAGUCAUGUGUAUGCUGCUUUGUGUAGUGCAAGAAUUAAAACUUUCAUUGAUAAUGACCUCAGGAGAGGAGAUGAUGUUUCAGAUGCUCUUCUCAAGACGAUUGUGGAAUCAAAAAUCUCAGUUGUCAUUUUCUCCGAGAACUAUGCUUCUUCAAGAUGGUGCUUAGAUGAACUCACGAGAAUCAUGGAGUGUAACAAAGAAAAUGGACAAAUUAUUAUACCAGUCUUCUUCAAAGUGGGUCCAUCGCAUGUAAGAAACCAAUCAGGCCCUUUUGGACAAGCUUUAGCUCGGUAUGUAGGUCAUCCAAAGAUAGAAACAUGGAGGGAUGCUUUGACAAAAGCUGCUAAUUUAUCUGGAUGGGAUUCACAGGUCACAAGGCCUGAGGCUACGCUUAUUAAAAGUAUUGUGACAGAUGUUUUGGGCAAGCUUUAUUACAUUUCCUCAAGCAAUUUUGGUAAUCUUGUUGGAAUGAGUUCUCACUUUGAGCAAAUUGAAUCAUUACUAAACAUGAUUAGUGAAGAUGUUCGCAUUGUAGGACUUUGGGGGAUGGGAGGUAUAGGUAAGACAACUCUUGCUAGAGCUUUCUUUAACUAUAAUUUUUCAAAAUUUGCAGGGUAUUGUAUUAUUGAAGAUAUUAGAGAAACAUGUGAAAAACGUGGACUAAAUGAGUUACGAGAUAAACUUGUUAUUGGAAUAUUGAGAGAUGAGAACUUAAAUGUAGGCACUCCUAAUCUGGGAAUUUCAUUUAUAAGCGAUAGGCUUCGUCGUAAGAAGGUUCUUAUUAUUUUGGAUGAUGUAGAUGAUUCUCAGCAUAUAGAACUUUUAGUUGGACAGCGUGAUUGCCUUGGUCCUGGAAGUAUUGUUAUCAUAACAAGUAGGGACAAACAAGUGCUUAAGAAUGGAGUUGAUAUUAUCUAUGACGUUCCAGAGUUGGAUUACAGUGAAAGUCUCUGUCUUUUUAGCCGAUACGCUUUCAAACAAGAGCUUCCACUAGAAGGUCAAGACAUGAGAUUGUCAAACAGGGCAAUAAAUUAUGCAAAAGGUCAUCCAUUGGCUCUUAAAAUCUUGGGUUCCUAUCUAUGUGAAAGAAGCAAGCAAGAACAGGAAAGUGCAUUGAAAAAAUUAGAGGGAACCCCAUACAUGGCCGUGCAGCAAGUGUUGCGAAUCAGUUAUGAUGGAUUGGACCACCAAGAAAAAAAUUUGUUUCUUAAUAUUGCUUGUUUCUUUAAAGGAGAGAAUGUUGAUGAAGUCAAACACUUCCAUGAUGCUUGCAAUUAUUUUACGGAUAUCGGACUUGCUGUGCUUAUUGACAAAUCUCUUAUAACUAUUCAAAAGGGUCGAGUAAAGAUGCAUGACCUGCUACAAGAAAUGGGUCGACAAAUUGUCCGUGAAGAAUCCAUUGAAGAGCCAGGGGAACGGAGCAGGCUAUGGGAUUGUGACGACAUCUGUCAUGUAUUGACAAAUAACACAGGGACUGUGGCAAUCAAAGGUAUAUCGUUGGACAUGUGUGAACCAAGAUAUUUGAGCAUAAAUCCAGGAGCAUUUCGAAGGAUGCGCAAUCUUGAGUUCCUCAAAAUGAGAGGCCAUUUGUCCACUGUGUACAUUCCUCAAGGCCUUAAUUCUCUUUCUAGCAAGUUAAGAUAUAUGGAAUGGGAACAAUGCCCCUUGAAAUAUUUGCCAACAAAUUUUCGUCCGGAGAAUCUAGUUAGGCUUAUAAUGCCUAACAGCCAUGUUGAACGAUUGUGGAAUGGAAAAAAUCUUGUGCACUUAGAGGUAAUUGAUCUCUCUUCCUCGAAGAAGUUGAUUGAAAUUCCAGACCUCUCACUGGCUACAAAUCUAUACAAACUGAAUCUUGAUGAAUGUUCCCUUAUCAAGGAAUUUCCAGAAGUAUCAUUGGAAAUCCAAUAUUUAAUUUUAUCUGGGACUGCAAUAGAAGAUGUUCCAUCAACAAUCUGCAAUCUCAAAUCUCUAAAAGGGUUGGACCUUGGUGAGUGCAGAAGGCUCAAGAAUCUCCCCACCAGCAUUUAUAAACUGAAACCGUCGUAUUUUGGUAUGCAUUUUCCAUUGAAGAAAAGGGAGCAUCAACAAGAAGUUAGUAUACAUUUGAGGGAGUUAACAGACCUUUUUGUUUGGUUAUCUUCUGUGGAAAUCCUAAAUCUCUCUGGAAACAAUUUUCAGAAAAUACCUGUUGCCAUCAAACAGCUUACUAAUCUCAUAUGUCUUAACCUGAAGGACUGCAAGAGGCUUCAAUCACUGCCUCAGCUUCCUCCACAUUGGCGUAGUGACGAGUUAUUCUGCCUGGUUUUUUGUGUUGUUCUUGAAUGCAACAACUUCCCCAACUACUGCAGUCCCUACUGUGUUAACUAUAAUUGCCACACAAGUAUCAACAGAGCUAGAGGUGAUAGCUACAGUGCCAUUAUUUGUGAGAGGUUUAUUUGGAGAUCUCAAAAAGCUUUUCGGUCAGAUCAAGUCAUUUUAAAUUAUGAUCAAUCAUGGAUAAAUUAUUGGAGAAUGAUACCUGAAGAAGCAGAUGAUGUGGACGAGAUCUCAAUUGAAUUCGAUGUUGAAGAAGAUGCCAGAAACUAUUUUAAGGUCAAAGGGUGUGGGUUCCAUUUACUAUACACUCAUGACAUAGAAAAUAGACAUGAUCAUGAUGGUCAUGUAGUGGUACCGCCUAACUCUCCUUGUUCCCAGUUCUCCUUAAACCAAGAUUGCAUGGAUGAAGAAUCAGCGAUACAAGAUGCUAAAGAUGAUGGAGGCUAUAAUGUGGGUAACCCCGUGGAAGUUUCAUCUCCAGUGAGGAGUAGGAAAACAAAACGGAAGCUGAAGCUGAAGACAUUAGGAAAUUUUAUUAAAUCUCGUUGGUUUCGAGGGAAAUCGACUCAAAAAGAGUUAAGAGAGGCCCCGAGCUUGGUCUAGUUCUCCUCAUGUUUCA